UUUUCUUGAUUUUUUCAAGUUUUUAAGCCUUUUCCUUUUCAGAAUUUUCAUUAUGGCAUCCGACUUGUAUGAAAAAUGCUUAAAAAAUGCCCGACCAGUUCAACAGAAAAUGGAUUCUAAUAUGCUGUCAAUUAGACAUUUGGACAUUAAAUACAAACUUAAAGAACAAGAAGCAAAGAAGAAAAUAAUGAAGUUGGUUUGUUCCUGGAAUAAGUUGAAUCGUCAAGAACAACGGCGAAAUUACGAAGAGAUUGAAGAGUGUUUUGCACAAGCCAGAAGUUUCUGUGACAAAAAGAUUUCUAUUGCCUCGGAAACCUACGAAUUGGUCGAUAGUUUUAUUCAAAAACUGGAUUCUGACACUUCGAAGUUUAACACACUUUUGGCUCAAAAGCAGCAGCAACAGUUCAAUGAAAUUGAGGAAAAGGGGAAGAAACAGACUCCGUCAACUUCAAGAAAUGUCUUUAAAAAAGAAGAUCUUCAACAAUCAAACAAAAAUUCCAAACUUGUCACUCCACUUUCACCAGUCUCAACUACUUCGAGGAAAGCAAGAGGUACAAGUUCUGCUCCCAAAAAGCGCAAACGUACGGAUACUACAGUCACUGAAGAUAUCUCCGAUGUUUCUUUAGUUGUCACUGCUAGUCAAACACCACUCAUAAUGCCUGGACAUUGUGAUAUGCCUGUUGAUCCAAAUGAGCCAAGAUAUUGUAUUUGCCAACAGGUUUCAUUUGGAAGCAUGGUUUGUUGUGACAACAAGAAUUGUUUAAUUGAAUGGUUCCAUUUCCCUUGUGUUGGCUUAACAACGUCUCCAAAAGGAAAAUGGUAUUGUCCGCAAUGUAGAGAUGGUAAAGAGUCAAAUAAACCAUUAAAACGAGAAAAUAUUAAUAAUUCAAUGUCGAAGAAUUCUGGAAAAAGAAUUGCUGAAGAAAAGAAAUAAAAGAAAAAAUCUUGAAUUUUAGAGGUUUUUUUUUGUGUAAAAAUUUCAAUCUUUUUAAUUUUAGAUUAAAUUUUUGGCUUUUUUCGUUAAAAUAAUUUUUCAAUAAUAUCGGUUUCAAUACUGAUUGAUACUUUUUUAUUUGUUUUUAACCCAUUUUCUUCUCAAAAAAAUUAUUUACCGCCAAGCGGACUCGAACCUUCGACCCCUUUAACCGAUGAUCUGGGCAUUUUACCUCUACAAAGGAAGUACUAAAAUCUAUUUUUGACUCAAGAAAGGAUUCCUUUACCGGAAAACUCAUUAUUCGACUGAU